CGCACUCUUUCUGUUGCUUAGCUCUGUAGCUGUAAACACUACGAUUGAAGGAGCUAAAUUUGUGAAGAAGCAACUCGUUUCCGUUUCUCUAAUCGAUGUUGAAUUUAAGGCUAAGUCGCCUUCUUCGUCGACCCUUAAUCCGAUUCUCAGCUUCUCCAAUCUCUAACGGCGAAACUGACGCAUCUCUCUCCACAUCGUCGUCGGAAAAGCCUCCCUUCAAUCAUGUCCGAGAGAGAGAAGGAGGAUUUCAUUGCGAAGAUGAACAAUUUGAAGAAUUCACGCAAUUGGGUUUCGGAAAGUCACCGCCUUUGAGCGUCUGUGAUCCUGAAUCCGGACAAAUUCGAAACCCUAGCUUUGACGAGAUAAAUGAAUUGACAGAAGAAGAAGAAGACGAUGACGAAGAAAGUGUCGAAGAUGACGAUUUCGAAUCUUUUGGAAACAUACCACAAUCGAGACAAGACGUUAACAGUAGAUUCGAUGUCGUGGAAGAAGAUGAAUCCAGACACCCUUUGGUUAGAGAGACAAACCGAUUGAUUGGUCUGAGAUCAUCAUGGAACCAAAAGCACGAAGGCGAAAUGAGGAAUCUUCUAAGGAGCCUUAAACCAUCGCAAGUCUGCGCCGUUCUACGCUCACAAGACGAUGAGCGUGUUGCUCUCAAGUUCUUCUACUGGGCUGAUCGUCAAUGGAGGUAUCGCCAUCACCCUCUUGUGUACUACUCAAUGCUCGAGGUUCUCAGCAAGACUAAGCUCUGUCAAGGUGCAAGAAGAGUUCUUGUUCUGAUGAAACGUAGAGGUGUUCAUCGAACUCCUAAAGCGUUUUCGCUUGUGAUGGUAUCUUAUAGUAGAGCUGGUCAACUGAGGGAUGCUUUGAAGGUGUUGACUCUUAUGCAGAGAGCUGGUGUUGAGCCUGAUUUGUUGAUUUGCAACACUGCUAUUGAUGUUUUCGUGAGGGCGAAUAGGUUGGAGAAAGCGUUACGGUUUCUGGAACGUAUGCAGGUUAUUGGUAUAGUGCCAGAUGUGGUGACUUAUAAUUGUGUGAUUAGAGGAUAUUGUGACUUGCAUCGAGUUGAGGAAGCUGUUAAGCUACUAGAGGAAAUGCCUUGUGUGCCGGAUAAAGUUAGUUACUAUACCAUAAUGGGUUUCCUUUGCAAAGAAAAGAGGGUUGAGGAAGUGAGAAACUUGUUGGAGAAAAUGGCGAGAGAGCAUGGUUUGGUGCCGGAUCAAGUCACUUAUAAUAAUCUUAUUCACAUGCUUACAAAGCAUGGUCAUGCGGAUGAGUCUCUUUUGUUUUUAAAGGAAGCCGAAGAAAAAGGCUUUCGGAUUGAUAAGGUGUGUUAUAGUGCAAUAGUUCAUGCAUUGUGCAAAGAAGGAAGAAUGUCUGAGGCAAAAGAUCUCAUUAACGAUAUGCUGUCAAAGGGACAUUGCCCUCCAGACGUAGUAACUUAUACCGCAGUUGUAAAUGGCUUCUGUCGUUUGGGUGAUGUGGACAAAGCCAAAAAGCUGCUUCAGGUUAUGCACACACAUGGGUACAAACCAAAUACUGUGUCGUACACAGCUCUGUUAAAUGGGUUGUGCAGAACGGGGAAAUCUUCAGAGGCAAGAGAAAUGAUGAACAUGAGUGAAGAGCAAUGGUGGAGUCCAAAUUCUAUUACAUAUAGUGUACUUAUGCAUGGGUUUCGUAGGGAAGGGAAGUUGUCUGAGGCAAGUGAUGUGGUCAGAGAGAUGGUACUAAAAGGUUUUUUCCCAGGUCCUGUUGAAAUUAACUUGCUGCUCCAGAGUCUUUGCCGGGAUGGGAAAACACAAGAGGCCAGAAAAUUCAUGGAGGAGUGCCUGAACAAGGGGUGUGCUAUUAAUGUCGUGAAUUUCACUACAGUGAUCCAUGGUUUUUGUCAGAACGAUGAGAUAGACGCUGCUCUCUCACUCCUUGAUGACAUGUACCUGAUCAACAAACACGCAGAUGUCUUCACAUAUACCACUUUAGUUGAUGCAUUGGGGAAAAAAGGCAGAAUAGAAGAAGCAACGGAACUUAUGAAGAAGAUGCUUCACAAAGGCAUAGAUCCUACCCCUGUCACAUACAGGACUGUCAUCCAUCGAUACUGCCAAAUGGGGAAGGUUGAUGAUCUCGUGGCUAUACUGGAGAAGAUGCUGUUGCGGCAGAAAUGCAGGACAGUCUAUAAUCAAGUCAUUGAGAAGCUUUGUGGUUUGGGAAAUCUCGAGGAGGCAGACAAAAUUUUGGGUAAAGUUCUGAGGACAGCUUCGACAUCUGAUGCUAAGACAUGUUAUGUACUUAUGGAAGGGUAUCUUAAGAAAGGUGUACCUCUAUCAGCAUAUAAAGUUGCUUGUCGGAUGUUUAACCGCGAUCUGAUACCUGAUGUUAAGAUGUGUGAGAAGCUUAGCAAGAGACUGGUUCUCGAAGGCAAAGUGGAAGAGGCAGACCAGCUAAUGUUACGUUUGGUUGAGCGUGGUCGUAUUUCACCCCUACCCUUAAAACAGUCUAUGGUCUCAUAAAUAUCUGUCUGGGUUUACUUUCAUUUUGUAACCACAAACUUCUUGGUGGACUGUUUGAGAUCUCAGGCGAAGAGAGUUUGAUGGAAUAUAACUACAUGCUGAUUUAUUUUGUCGCUGGUUAGUCACGACUUUCAGCUCUCAAGCUAAGCAACUAGGCUCUGCGUUAGCGGUCAUGGAUUCCAUAGUUGAUGUUAUUCUGCUUCACAUCUUCCUGGUACUCACUAUUCCAAAUUUGAGUGAUAGCUUGCAGUGAAGUUCUAAUAUAUCUCUGUCCUCUUUGAGUUUUUUACUUUAGUUAAGGUCACCGUUGUUUUUCUGUGUUUGCAUUUGUUCUCGUGUCAUAAUAGUUAGAAGUUAGAACAUUAUAAUAUGGGAUACUCAAACGAAAAUGUAAAGAAACAAUCGUGGUCUAAAUCAUGUUGUUCUCUGAUUUGUAAUUUACAUAAUAGCAAGCCUAUAGGCUAUAGGUUGUUGACACUUCACAGCUCAUACAAUGCAAAUUAUAACUA